UAUAUCAAACCUUUGUAAAACCCUGUACUGCUGCACAUAACUAGUGCGUAGUUAAGCUGGCAAUAGUACUAUAGCUCAUGGUCUGCUUUUGGUAAACUGCAUAAUUAAUGCACAAUUAGAUCUGCUUUCGGUCUGGUCUGUGCUCUGUAAUACAGAAAAUCGCCUUCUUUCCUUUCCCGUCUCCUGCUCUUGGAUGUAACAGAACUGUUUUCCUGUUAUGGAAGUGAUGAAAAGGGGAUGAACGUAGCUCGUGGUCUCUGGCAACACUGGAUUCUUGUUCAUCGAAAGACAGCUAAACCAUAGCUCAAAAUGGGAGCUCAGAAUGUGAAAUUUUAUUGGUCAAGUUGAUCCCCACUCCCAGCGCGGAUUAACAUCUCAGAUCUAGGAUCGAUCAGGCAUGAGAGAAAAACUCUGCCAAUCACCUGCCUCUUCCCCUUCAUGUACUUCAUGGUUAGAGACUUCCACAUUGCUAAAACAGAGGAGGAUAUUGGAUCUUAUGCUGGUUUUCUUGCUUCUUCAUACAUGGUUGGCAGAGCCUGUUCUGCGAUUUUUUGGGGUAUUGUCGCCGAUCGUAUCGGGCGGAAACCUGUCAUUGCAUUUUCAAUCUUGUCUGUGGUCAUAUUUAACACACUAUUCGGGCUAUGCACAGAGUAUUGGAUGGCAAUUGCUACAAGACUUGUUCUCGGUUCUCUAAAUGGUUUGCUUGCACCCAUAAAGGCCUAUGCUAUUGAAGUUUGUCAAGCUGAACAUCAAGCUCUUGGGCUCUCAGUUGUGAACACUGCAUGGGGUUUUGGUCUUGUUAUUGGUCCAGCUCUUGGAGGCUAUCUUGCGCAGCCUGCUGAAAAAUAUCCACAAACAUUUUCCAAGGAUUCAGUUUUUGGGAGGUUCCCGUAUCUCUUGCCUUCUCUAGGUGUGUCAUUGUUCGCUGCUAUUGUUCUAAUAAGUUGUAUAUGGCUGCCGGAGACUAUACACAAACAUGGAAUUCGAGAAAAGGGUAUCCAAAUAGUCAAAUCCUUAGCAUCAGAAGAGGCUUACUGGGAUUCGCCUCGGAAGAAGAGUUUGCUCCAGAAUUGGCCAUGGAUGUCAACUAUGGUGCCAUAUUGUUUAUUUGGUCUUCAUGACACUGCAUAUAGUGAGAUACUUUCCUUGUGGGCUGUGAGUGACAGAAAGUAUGGUGGUCUUAGCUUCUCAUCUGAAGAUAUUGGUGAGGUUCUUGCCGUGGCAGGUGCAAGUCUUCUUGUGUACCAGCUUUUUAUUUAUCGUUGGGUUCAUAAAUUUCUCGGACCAGUCAUUUCAGCGCGUGUUGGUUCUGCUCUGUCUAUACUGAUUGUCAGUACUUAUCCCUUUAUGACAUACUUAUCUGGAGCCAAACUUUCUUUGGCUCUCUACUCUGCAGCCAUGAUGAGAGGAAUUGUUGCAAUUACUGCAAGCACAGGAGUUUGCCUUCUCCAGAACAGUGCAGUGCGUCAAGAACAAAGAGGCACUGCGAAUGGUGUGUCGACGACGGCCAUGUCGUUUUUCAAGGCAGUUGCUCCAGUAGGAGCAGGCAUUCUAUUCUCGUGGGCGCAGAAACACCAGGACAGCGCCUUCUUCCCAGGUGACCAAGUGGUGUUCUUGGCGCUCAACUUGGUGCAGAUCCUUGGGCUCAUAUUCACCUUCGAGCCUUUUCUGGUGCUACCUGUUGUAGAAGAGUGCAGUUAGGAACAUAGCAGAAAGAUUGUCUGUCACCUGCAAAAUUUGUAACAGAGACGUUAUUCUAAACUUUUCGUUAGAAACAUACGAGCUCGCUAAUGAACUUUUGCUUAGACGUGAUCGAUGGGGACUAGUUAGAGAGAUGGGAAUUCCAAGGCAUGUGAGCUAAUCAGGACUCAGAAUGGCAUUUCGUGUAAUUAUUAAGUUCAGUUUGUCA